AUGCUCCUUUUGACAAGAUUAAAGAGAUCCAAUCAACUUACUCAAAUUCCUCCGAAGCUAAAUUUUUCUGUCAUUCACGCUGUUAAAAUAUCCAGCCAAUUUCUACCGUCUUCAGAAACUAAUAUUGAAGUUGACAGGAUCACCAGAAUAAUUAAUAACCAUCCGUAUCCUGAUCAACCACUUCUACCAACUCUUCUCCAGCACAUCCCACCCCAUGCUCUUUCCACCAGCUUUGUGGAGAAUGUUUUGGGUUACCUUUUCGCAGCCCAUUCCAAUGGUCUUAAAGCCCUUGAAUUCUUCAAUUAUUCCCUCCAUCAUUCCCAGUUAUGUCCAAGCUCAGAUGCUUUUGAAAAGACACUGCAUAUCCUUGCCAGGAUGCGGUAUUUUGAUAAAGCUUGGGACUUGAUGGAAAAAAUAAGCAGCAUGCACCCUUCCUUGCUGACCCUUAAGUCAAUGAGCAUCAUGCUGUCAAAAAUUGCAAAAUUUCAGUCAUAUGAAGAUGUCCUUGAAGCAUUUGGCAAGAUGGAGAAUGAUAUUUUUGUUGGGAGGAAGUUUGGUACUGAAGAGUUUAAUGUACUCCUUAGAGCAUUUUGCACAGAGAGGCAGAUGAAGGAGGCACGUUCGGUGUUCCUAAAGAUGCAUUUUCGGUUUUCACCCAACACCAAGACCAUGAAUAUCUUGCUCUUGGGAUUCAAGGAAUCUGGAGAUAUUACUGCAGUAGAACUCUUUUACCAUGAACUGGUUAAAAGAGGCUUUGAGCCAAAUAUUAUAACUUACAAUAUUAGAAUCGAUGCUUACUGUAAGAAAGGUUGCUUUGCUGAUGGUUUGAGACUUUUUGAAGGAAUGGAACGGGAAAAUUUGUCUCCCACUUUGGAAACAAUCACUACAUUGAUCCACGGAGCAGGGGUUGCUCGAAAUCCAAUUAAGGCACAACAAUUAUUUGAUGAGAUUCAUUUGAGAAAUUUGCUUCCUGAUACUGGGGUGUAUAAUGCUUUGAUGAGCUCACUUAUUAGAUCAAGGGAUGUGAAAUCGGCAGUCGCAUUGAUGGAUGAGAUGGAAGCGAAGCAUAUUGAACAUGAUAAUAUGACUUAUCACACCAUGUUUUCUUGCUUGAUGAGGACAUCUGAUAUUGACGGUGUUUCUAGACUAUAUCACAAAAUGGUUGACAGAAGUUUUGUGCCCAAAACACGAACAGUGGUGAUGUUAAUGAAAUAUUUCUGUGUAAACCAGCAGCUUGAUUUGGGAUUGCAUUUAUGGCGAUACCUGGUGGAGAAAGGAUGUUGUCCUCAUGGUCAUGCUUUGGACCUUCUGUUAACUGGAUUGUGCUCCCGCAGUAGGGUAAUAGAAGCUUUUGAGUGCUCCAAACAAAUGUUGGAGAGAGGGAGAGAUAUGAGUGAACCUGCGUUGCGGAUAUUAGAGAGCUUUCUGGUUCAGGCAGGUGAGAUGGACAAGCUGAGGAAGCUCAAGCAGAUGAUACAGAGAUUGCAUACUCUGUUGCCCCCAUUAAGAGGGCACACUUUUGCUGAUCCUGCAUCCAAAAAUACAGAGGUACACAAACCAGGUCCACAAGGCAAAGUGUCAAGAAAUGCCUUACUCAAACUACAUAAACCAUGCAACUCACCCCCCACAACAUUCAUAUCCAAAAGAGAUCAAUAG